AUGUACCGAACGAGCAAUCUGGACUCAACUAGCUUUGUCUCUCCAAACAGGUUUACUUACAAACUCAGAAAAAUAGAUCGACUCACAACAUCCAUUCUGUUACCAGCUCUGUGGAAACAUCAUCUUAUGGACCGAUUAGCAUCUUUUGGAAAUGAUCCCUUUGAUAAACCACCAUGCAGAGGUUGUUCGUCUUAUCUAACUGAACCUUACAUCAAGUGUGCAGAAUGCGGACCUUCUCUUUUCAUGCUUUGUUUGCAGUGUUUUACACGUGGGUUUGAAUACAAAAAGCAUCAGAGUGAUCACAAAUAUGAAAUCAUGACAUCAGACUUCCCCGUACUGGAGCCUGGAUGGACAGCACAGGAAGAGAUGGCCCUGUUGGAGGCAGUCAUGGACUGCGGUUUUGGAAACUGGCAGGACGUGGCUUAUCAAAUGCGCACUAAAACCAAAGAAGAAUGCGAGAGUCAUUACAUGAAGAAUUUCAUCAACAACCCACUCUUCUCUUCCACCCUGCUGAGCCUGCACAAAACUAAAGAGUCUCGCAUUGCAGAAGGCGCCAUUCCUUUCAAACCCUCUGAUGAUCCUCCCCGGCCCACGUUUGACUCUGUGUUGUCGCGAGACAUGGCUGGAUACAUGCCUGCCAGGGCAGACUUCAUGGAGGAGUUUGACAACUAUGCUGAAUGGGAUUUGAAAGACAUUGAUUUUGUAGACGAUGACUCAGACGUUCUACAUGCACUCAAGCUUGCAGUUGUUGAUAUAUAUCAUUCAAGAUUAAAAGAGAGGCAGCGUAGGAAAAAGAUUAUUAGAGACCAUGGACUGAUCAACUUGCGGAAAUUUCAAAUGCUAGAGCGAUGCUACCCAAAGGAGGUGCAGGAGCUCUACGAUGUGAUGAGGCGUUUCGCAAGAGUGGUUGGACCCACUGAACAUGACAAAUUCAUUGAAAGUCAUGCAUUGGAGUUUGAGCUAAAAAGAGAGAUCCAUAGGCUGCAGGAGUACAGGAAAGCAGGGAUCAAGUCCUUCUGCAGUGCCAAGGUGUAUGAGCGGGCGAAGAGGGUGCGCGAGGACGAGCGCAGGAAACGGACAAUGCUGUGUGACGUGCUGCAGUACAUCCAGGACGGCAGAGCCUGCCAGCAGUGGCUCAGCAAGCAGGCUGCCAUAGAUGCUGGCAUCACUCCAACCGUCACAACGAUCACAGUGUCAGGUACCGGACCGCUCCGUCAUUCUGUCCUGGCCCCACGCACAGUCACACGAAUGGAAGCACUCCUCCCAACAGGCAGGCGGAGCGCCCCACCUCUCAACCUGACCGGACUGCCUGGGACGGAGAAGCUCAACGAACGAGAAAAAGAGCUAUGCCAGGUGGUGCGGCUGGUGCCAGGCGCCUACCUGGAGUAUAAGCAGGCGUUGCUCAACGAGUGCAGGCGCCAGGGCGGGCUGCGGCUGGCGCAGGCCCGCGCGCUGAUCAAGAUCGACGUCAACAAGACCCGUAAAAUCUAUGACUUUCUGAUUAAGGAGGGUUACAUCACCAAGGCAUAGAGGAUUUGGCCACAGAGGAGACUGGAUUGUGAUUGUUUUUUAUAUUCUUCAUGUAAUGAAGGUUCAAACUUUUGCUGUUCCUUCAGCUAUUGUAUCGUUUAUAUAUUGUGUAACUAUUGUAAUAUUUGUACUUUGCCUUUUAAGUUUUGAGUCCUAAAUGUAUUACGACACGUCUGAUUAUAUAGUAUUCUGUCAGAAGAAUUGAAGCUCAUAUGAAGAUGAGUAUGUAUUUAUGUCUUCUGUCAUAAAAGGUUUCUGAAAGA